CACAGACAAAACAAAUUUCAUUACUGUCAUAUAUACCCAAAGACCUCUGCCCAGAAUCGGUUGCGACAUUUAAGUAUCGCUUCUGGGGGUGACGCGCUGCUAUCCCGUUAGUAAGCGAACUAUUUUUUGAUAGAACGACAAAUCUUGUGACCGCGCGUGAAGCUCGCAAUGCACAUCCACAAGCUCCCGACCCGGCCAAACGAACGUGUCUACGUCUAAGAAGGUACCUUUCGAGGCACUUCUAUCUUCAAGGUGCAACGCGCAGCCUCUCCCUCCGCGAUUCGGUUCGUGGCCGCCCCUCCGCACUCGGUGCAGCAUGCACCGGUAGCAAUGCUGGCACUCUGGUCCCGGGCAACACAGACCCCGGGUACCUGUAGAUGUAUAUCCUGCGUCUCUAAUGUGCCCCAAGUUGCCAGACGCGGAGGGCGGAGCGGUAUUCGCCGUGUGUGGGCAUUUGGCACCCCAACGUCAACCUUCGCAUACACGACCGUCUUUGUCGCUGGGUUGGCUACCGAUGCCAAGGCGAAGCAGCGCAGAAACAAGCAAUGGGACGAGGCAUUCGCACAUCUGAGGGAGGCGUUGGAUCGGCCCGUCGUUCAAGAUUCGUACGGCGAUCAUGGGGUCACCAGGGAGGAGCUGCCCGAAGACCUUGACUGGGAUGUCGUGCAGCGUGCUGCGGGCAUGGAGCUCGUGGACGACAUGGACCAUGUUCCUGGGGAGCAAGACAUCCAAUCGCCUAGCCCUGAUCUGGACGACUCUGCCUGGGACGACCUCCGCUUCGACUCGAGACGGCCGGGCACAAAACUGCUGGAAUGGCCUGUGAAUACAGGUCGACCAAUUGUGCACCAUCACCUGCCUCCCCAAUCGCUGUGGGCACAUGAUGCUGUCCGAUUGACGGCAAUGCGGAGACGGCACACUUGGAAAAAGCUAGCCAUGCAGGAGUUGUCUACAGGCCUCAUGAUCCACACUCUGAUGAGUCGCAUCGAUUACGCACGCUUCGCCAAGAUCCUACCGCUCGUGAAAUCCCUAUCUCCGCAGAUACAAGACAUUGCCGUGUUCAGCAGGAUGCAAAUUGACCAGGCCCGCCUUGAGAUCUUGACCAACAUCGAAAGACUACACGCCACCCAUGUCACAAGUUCUGCAGAAUGGAUUGCUAAUGCUGGCAUUCAUGUCGACCAGCCUGGGAUACCACACUAUCUCCAAGACGCUGAUGGCGACUUCUACGACAUCUGCCAACAGAUGAACGCUGGCAUCAAGCAACUUCUCGAGGAGACAACGACAGACAACGACACCAAGGAAGCCAUCGCUGUAGCGAAAAUCUGCCACAACCUGCUCGUCUCGACUGCCGCCCCCGAUGUGCAGACCUUCAACUUACUCCUAUCCGGCUUCAAGCGGUGGCGGCGCCCCAAAUUGGUCGACGACAUCAUCGCGGCCAUGUACGGUUCCAAAAUCCGGCCCAACGAGAUAGCAUGUCGAGAGAUCCUCGGGCACUACACGCACGAAUAUCGGUCUCAAGACUUCUCGCGCUUCGUGGCACGGAUGCGCGGCGUAGGCGACGCGCUCAUGCUCGCCAACCCAGCCAUCACCAUCAACGAAGCCGGGCAAGACCGCCUCAUCCGCAUCGACGACAAAGUGUACCAGAAAGUGCACCCGACGCCUAUGGUCUUCAAUGCGCUAAUAUCGGGCGUGUUGCGAUUCGCAGGCUUCGAUCGCGCGCUGGAUAUCUACUACGAGAUGAAGGCGGAUGGCUGGGGCCUCGACAUGCGUGGCCUCACCACGUUGCUUGCAGACUGCAUCCACCGCGCCGACUGGGAGGGCGGCAUGUACCUCUGGGAGGAAGUCAGCAGCAUCAAGGCCAAGGCUACGCCGCGGGACAUGGCAAGGGCGUACCAUCACAUGCUGAGCUUGUGCUCUGUUACGGGCAACACAGUCGCAUUCAACCAGGUCCUAGGCGAGGUUGUGAAGCGCGGUUUCGAUCGGAAAAGUAUCAUCCUUGCGGCUGAGCGGACAACAGAGAAGGCGCGGCGCAGGAAGGGGAACUUGGCCCCGCCAUGGGUCGCGGAUAACCUCAUGAUCGCUGUGUCGGCGUAUAUGGACGAUGUCAAGACAUGUGCGCCUGGGUCGCGGUCGGAAUCGGUGGAAGAGGAUGACUUGUUCGCACAGCAGACUCCUGAUCUCGAGGAGGCGGGCGACGAGCCUCCUCUCGAUCCAAAAGAGGCGUGGGCGUCUUGGGUCGAGGCCGAGUUUGGCGAGCGGCCGAAGGAUCCUGAGCUUUGAGUUGUCGGAGGUCUUCUUGUUCACGAUUGUAUGGAAGUGAGGUGUACUGUACGCACAAGGGAUUAGAUAGGCGUUUUGGUGUACAUCAGCAUGUAUCGGUUGGGCUGUAUAGAUGGUCGUCUGUACGCGAUAGAAGGGGACAAAACGUGUUGCUAGUAUGUGGCUUUGGCCAUUGUGGAAUACAUCAACCUCACCACUCGAUAUUUGUAAUGU